AUUUAGGUACUUAACACCCUGGAGACCAGGACCUCGCCUUUCAAAGCAUCCCGGGCGGGAAGAGCUGUUUAUAUAGACGGGGAUUCCGCUGUAAGCGCGAUAGUAAGACAGGCAGCCUGCGCAUAGCGUGCGCCUCUCACGCCCACCAGUAAGGAGCGGCGUCCCGGGCCGCCCCUCGGUUCCCAGCCUGACCUGCCCCUCACCUCCUUCCCCUCCUCCGCCAUGACCGCCGCCGGACGCCUCAGCUUCACCGUGCGCAGGCUCCUGGAUUUACCCGAGCAGGACGCGCAGCACCUGCGGCGGCGGGAGCCCGAGCUGCGCGCCCCGGGUCCCGGCCCCGGCCCCUCCUGGCUGGAACCCGAGCGCGGCCCCUACGCGUCCUCGGACGAGAGCAGCCCAGAGACCAGCCCGCCCGACUCCUCGCCGCGGCCGCCCGCUCAGCCCGCGUCUCCGAGCUCGGACGCCGAGAAGAGGAAGAAGCGGCGGGUGCUGUUCUCCAAGGCGCAGACGCUGGAGUUGGAGCGGCGCUUCCGGCAGCAGCGCUACUUGUCGGCGCCCGAGCGCGAGCAGCUGGCGCGCCUCCUGCGCCUCACGCCCACGCAGGUCAAAAUCUGGUUCCAGAACCAUCGCUACAAGCUGAAGCGCACGCGCGCGCCGGGGGCCGCGGCGUCUCCGGACUUGGCCGCAGCUGCGGAGCUGAGCGCCGCGCCAGGCCUGCUGCGCCGCGUGGUGGUGCCGGUGCUGGUGCGCGACGGGCAGUCGUGCGGCGGCGGCAGCAGCGAGGUGGGCCUGGUCGCCCGGGACAAAACCGGCGCGCCCCCAGCCGCCGCCUGCCCUCUGCCCGGCUACGCCGGCUUCGGGCCCGGCUCGGCGCUCGGCCUCUUCCCCGCCUACCAGCACUUAUCACCCCCCGCCCUGGUCUCUUGGAACUGGUGA